AUGGGAAUAUUGGGAAAUGAAGAAGAACUGGUAUAUAUUGGAUUUUACAAGAUAUUUAAUAUCUCCUUUCAUUUAUUUAUUCUAUUGAUCAUUAAUAUUAUUUUAAAGGAUUUGCCUUCUUUUAAAAAGUAUGAAGUACUUAGCAAAGAGGUCGACAACAAUGACUCUUAUGAAAAUUGCAUCGAAUUAAAAGAAAAUGAACAGGCUUACAUUCUUUGUAAAAAGUUUUUAAGGAACAUAAAAUCAAUUCCUAAAUUGGAUGAAAAUGUUAUAAAUAUAAAAGAAGUUCUAUAUGUAAUUUACUGGAUAUUUGAUGAAUUAAGAAAAUAUAUUAGAGAUAAUGCUCGAUAUACUCAUGGUAUAAGCGAUUACAAAAUUAUUGAUAUAGGAAAUAAGUUUUAUAAAAAUAAAAAUUCAAAAUAUUUACUAUAUGAUUAUACUUUUGAUUUAGAAGAUAAGAUAAAAGAGAAAUAUUUGCAUGAUUACUUUAAUAAUUAUGAAGAAAUAUUAUCGUGUGGUAAUGGUCAAUGUGAAAAAUAUUAUAAAUACGUUAAUUAUAUUAAAGAAAUAUAUUAUGAACACCAAAGAUACUGUUUUGCAUAUGUAUGUGAUUAUUUUAUGCACGAUGAAAAGUUUGAUCCUGAUGAUGUCCUUUCUGAAUUAACACAUCGUAUUCAAAAACUCAGUACAGGAGGAAUAUCCACAGAUUCUUCAGUAAUAAAUGGAAAUCUAUUGAAACCCCAAAGCUCAAAACAUGGAAUUGAUAUGGUAAUUAAAUAUAUGAGAUGUAAAAAAAUAAAGGAUGAUUUAGACAAAGAAGGAAUUAAAUAUAAAUGCGAAGAUCCAGCAUAUCGACAACACACGGAUAAAAGAUACGCCUUUCGCAAUAUUAAAAAUGAAAAAAAUGAUAUUUCAACUAAAGAAGCUAUUAUGAAACUUAAUAGUAAAAAUUGUGAGCACGUUAAAAAUAAUAAUGAGGUCAUUGGUUUCUAUUGCAAUAAUUCAUCUUUAACCAAGCAAACUGACGUCACUGCAUCAUCUAGGAAUACACAUUUAAGAGAACAUGAAAAACUUCGAGUACUGCAAACUAACAUUGGAGAAAACUUAGAUUUUCAUAAUAUAAUGCAAGGAGUUAAAUUGUUGUCAUCAUAUCGUGAUAUCUCAGAAAUUCCUCUAGAUUAUGAAAACAAUGAAGACAAAAAAAAUACUGAAAAUUUUAGUCUAAUUUCUGAGACAUCAUUAUUUCCUGAGUUUUCAAAAGAAUUUAUUAAAGAGUAUGAAGAUGAAGAUAUGCCUAAAUGUGAGUACUACAAAUUUAAAGAAGGUAAACUGAUCUGCGUGAAUCCAUUUAAUUCAUCUGAUUCGCUCCAAAGUGAAGGGGGAAAUUUUUUCAUCACAACAAAAAGAGGAAUAAAUGUUAUGAUAAGUACGGAGGAAAAAAAAAUUAUCCCAACGACGAGAGAAGAAAAUGAUAUUGUAAAUGGUGAAAAAAAAGGUUUUAUUUUUACACAUAAUGGAGAAAAAGAUAGUAUGGCAGAACAACGUGAAAUAUCCAUUGUGUUUGACAAUAACGCUACAACACCAUACUUAAUAAUACAAAAAGGUUUUAUGGGAAUUGCCUUGGUAGUUGGAAUAUUUUUUGUUCUCUUUAUAUAUAUUAAGGUAAAAAUUAAUUUUAUAUACGUUUUUACGCCCUUUGGAUCCUUCUUACGUAAGAAAUUAUUAAAAAAUAAAAAGUCAAGUAAAAAAAUUUACAACAAGCAUACACAAAAACAAAAAGUACGUAUUCCAACAUCAAGUAACAUAAAUCAAUGUAGGAAAAGAAUAAAUAUACAGUAUAAUGUUAAAUAA